GCCUUCAGACAGUCUAGUAAAAGUUGAGGCGUCACGAAGUUUCAGUACGUGUCGGUCUGCGCAGCUUUAAAUCCUUCCGUUUCACCUUCUUACAGAUGUCCCUCAUUGUCUUUAAAUGAAUAGGAAUCGUUAUGGUUAACGAAUAUUCGGCAAACCCGGACGGUUUGCGUGGGAUUCUUCUUUACUGAGAGACACGUCUUCGCUGACCAGCCAGUUCUUUCGCCGGUUAGUUAGACGGCGUUUCACCACAUGGUUUUACAUGUAACCCACCGAGUUUAUGUUCGUUUUGUUUUUGUUUUACUGUGCGAAGGACUGACGUAGCGAAAUCGUGACGGCUGAAAGUAGGCUAUUCAUGAUCAAAUCUGAUUUCACGCGCCUAUUUUGGAUUUACAGUUUCCCGCGACAGCCUACUGACUCAAUUCAGAUACAGACUUUAUUUUCGAUGUAUUGGACUGCUAACGAGACUUAGAAAUGAGCGCCUCGCCUUCAAAAUGUCUUGUUUAAGAAUCACUCGUGGAGAGAGACGAUUUCUCAGAGGACGGGAGGGAUUUUAAUACCGAAUUUUUCGCUGAUUUCACAACACGCGUUUCCAUGGCUCCGGCGGUAAGAUCGAUUAAGCGUAAGGAUGCGAUUAACUGGCCAAGGAUGUCGACAACUUUCUGGGCUGUGCUCCUGUUAACGGCUCUUCUGAUCGUGUACUGCGUAACGCAUAGUAAACUACGCAUAAAAACAAAAGUCGUGAAUCCUCCAGGAGAGAUUAGCUGUGGAUAUGAAAAUCUCAAACCAGGUCAAAGGUCAGUUGGCAGCAGGCACCUGUGAGAUUGUCACUCUAGACAGAGACAGCAGUCAGCCACGCAGGACAAUUGCCAGACAGACAGCUCGCUGUGCAUGUAAGAAAGGACAAAUCGCUGGGACAACGAGAGCAAGGCCGGCCUGUGUGGAUGCUAGUAUCGUGAAGACCAAGCAGUGGUGCGACAUGGUGCCCUGUCUGGAGGACGAAGGCUGUGACUUGUUAGUAAAUAAAUCAGGCUGGACUUGUACACAGCCCAGUGGCAGGGUGAAAACUACCACGGUGUCCUAACAUUGGCAGGGGUUCCUUGAGCGCUACGAGAUGAGGCUUCUUGCAGCUUCGGCUACCUGCUGUAGAUACUUGCUGUCUCUCAUCAGCUUAACACCUGCCUCUGCCUUCCCGUCUGCAUCUUGGCUUUGUAAAUGGGCAGCACCCCUUUGUGCCACGGAGAACAUACGUUCACAAAAUGCCCAUCGGCGUACGGUUGGAGCCACAAGGUCUUUAAAGACUGCAGCACGGGACACUGGGGUGCCUACUCUAAGACUGAACAAGACACUGACUCUAUUGGACUCUGGCAGCGGUUUUGACCAAAUGCAAGGCUGUAAACCCAACUGCUCUUUGAAACAGCUUUCUGAUGGACUAUGUCUUUGGCACUGGCAACAUUUUUACAGACCAAAGAGAACAAAAAACUAAUACUUUGACUAUGGGAGUGCACACUAAAGGACAGAUUCAUAUCAUAAACCCUGAAGAAAAACAAAUAUAUACAUAUAUAAAAUUUUUAGAAAGCGUGAGCUAGAUAUAGAUAAAAAUUGACUGAAAAUGAAAAACAAAAAUGAAUGGGUCGACCAAUCCCAUUACUUACAAUUAGAAGAAAGCAUUUUAUAAUUAACAUUUCCUUAAACUGAGCAAGCGACUGUAUUCUGAUAAACAAGGAUAUAGAUACUGUAUACAUAUACGCAUCGACAAGCUGAAUUGUUAUUUUUAAGUAGCAAAAUAUUUGCAAUAUGCAUUGAAGGUUAAAAUGGAAGAGGACCCACUGCUUAUCAUCAGAAAAAAACUGUAAUUUUUGAUUACCAGAACUGAAGUGUCAUGACAUGUAUUUUGAAGGCCUACAAGUUAUAUAUUUAACAGUUUUAUAUGUUGUACCUUUGUAGAGAACCUUAUUUAACAUAAAUAACUUUGUGGAAAUAACAGAUCUAGAAUGUGGGUAAUUCUCUGCUCCAUAAAGCAGGCAUGUUCUAUGGUUCUGUUCAAUUUCAAAUAGAAAUUUUCCAAUUUUCAAAAACAUGACCACAAGUACAGUAAAUGGAGGAAAAGAAACAAAGGAAAUGAUUUAGUGGAGAAAGGUGUUAGUAUGCGGAGCCAUGGAAAUUACUGUUUGCUAUUGUAUUGUAAAGGUGCAUAGAAAAAAAACACUUUAUUCUCUGAUUUAUUCUGGGAUUUAUUUUGUGCUUGUAUUUGUUCUGGUGCUCACCCUAUGUCCUGACACCUCCAGUCAGAGUUCAGAAAGUCUUAGAUUCAUUUACAUGAAGUAAUUUUUUAUUAUGAAAUAUUUUAAGAAUAAAUUAAGUAAAAAUAACAACUUGCUGAAACAAAUUCUUAUUAUGUUUUGACAGAUUUCUUUCUUUCUUUUUAUAACCAGUACUACAUAACACCUAUAGACGAACCCCUUUUUGAUAAGAAAUGAGCUGAAUAUUUCAUUAAUACAUAAAGGCAUUCCUAAUUGACAGAAUGUAACAAAUGACUGACAAGUGCCUUUGUACUUCUCUACAGCAAUUACCAAACAUUACCAAAAAUUACCUGGUUUGAAGACAUGUUACUACACUCAAAAAAUGGCUGGGUUAUUUUUGACCCAUAAUGGGUAAACAUUGGACAGAACACAUGCUGGGUUAAAGGGGACAGAGAAUGAAAACCAUUUUUACAUUGUCUUUGUUGAAUAAUGGUAGUCUACCUGCAUUCGCGAACAUACAAAAAGUGCUAAACAUGCUAAACAUCUCAGUCUCAUAGAAAUUCCUCUUUUAGAAAUGUCAGCCAGAAAACGGCCCAAUCUGAAAAACUGAUGCUUAUGACAUCACAGGCAUCUAACUGCCCCUCCACUUUAAAAUAAUUGGCUACAUUUUUUAAGUGGCAGCAAAGUCAGCCAAUCAGUAAUGAGAUUGCAAGUUAAGCCAGUAGGGGGAGCCAAAUAGGUGCAAAACCACUUGUUUAAAAUCCCCCACCCUAAUAGAGCUAUCUGAGAGAGGUUUUUAGGAAGCUUCUAAG